GUCGCCGCCAUUUUGUCAAGUGAGGAGGAGGAGGAGGAGGAGGAGGAAGCGGCCGCCGCGGAGUCCGCGGUGCGCCAGGCCCGGAUUGCCCGGUGAAGAAUGUGAUGGGAUCAGUAGCAUGUCUGCGGAGAGCGGCCCUGGGACGAGAUUGAGAAAUCUGCCAGUAAUGGGGGAUGGACUAGAAACUACCCAGAUGUCUACAACGCAGGCCCAGGCCCAACCCCAGCAAGCCAACACAGCCAGCACCAACCCUCCUCCCCCGGAGACUUCCAACCCCAACAAGCCCAAGAGGCAGACCAACCAACUGCAAUAUCUGCUCAAAGUGGUGCUCAAGACACUAUGGAAACACCAGUUUGCGUGGCCUUUCCAGCAGCCUGUGGAUGCCGUCAAGCUAAACCUCCCUGAUUACUAUAAGAUCAUUAAAACACCUAUGGAUAUGGGAACAAUAAAGAAGCGCUUGGAAAACAACUAUUACUGGAAUGCUCAGGAAUGUAUCCAGGACUUCAACACUAUGUUUACAAAUUGUUACAUCUACAACAAGCCUGGAGAUGACAUAGUCUUAAUGGCAGAAGCUCUGGAGAAGCUCUUCUUGCAAAAAAUCAACGAACUGCCCACUGAAGAAACUGAGAUCGUGAUAGUCCAGGCAAAAGGAAGAGGACGUGGGAGGAAAGAAGCAGGGACAGCAAAACCUGGCGUCUCUACGGUACCAAACACAACGCAAGCGUCGACUCCUCCGCAGACCCAGACCCCUCAGCAGAAUCCUCCACCUGUGCAGGCCACACCUCACCCCUUCCCUGCCGUCACCCCAGACCUCAUCGUCCAGACCCCUGUCAUGACAGUGGUACCUGCCCAGCCACUGCAGACGCCCCCGCCAGUGCCCCAGCCGCUGCCCCCACCUGCACCAGCCCCCCAGCCCGUGCAGAGCCACCCGCCCAUCAUUGCAGCCACCCCACAGCCUGUGAAGACAAAGAAAGGGGUUAAGAGGAAAGCGGAUACCACCACCCCUACCACCAUCGACCCCAUUCAUGAGCCGCCCUCACUGCCCCCGGAGCCCAAGACUGCCAAGCUGGGCCCCCGGCGGGAGAGCAGCCGGCCUGUUAAACCCCCGAAGAAGGACGUGCCUGAUUCGCAGCAGCACCCGGUGCCAGAUAAGAGCAGCAAGGUCUCAGAGCAGCUCAAGUGCUGCAGCGGCAUCCUUAAGGAGAUGUUCGCCAAGAAGCACGCGGCCUACGCCUGGCCCUUCUACAAGCCCGUGGACGUGGAGGCCCUGGGCCUGCAUGACUACUGUGACAUCAUCAAGCACCCCAUGGACAUGAGCACAAUCAAGUCUAAACUGGAGGCCCGUGAGUACCGUGAUGCUCAGGAAUUUGGUGCCGAUGUCCGAUUGAUGUUCUCUAACUGCUACAAGUACAACCCUCCUGACCAUGAGGUGGUGGCCAUGGCCCGCAAGCUCCAGGAUGUGUUCGAGAUGCGCUUUGCCAAGAUGCCAGAUGAGCCUGAGGAGCCUGCUGUGGCCGUGUCCUCCCCAGUGGUGCCGCCGCCCACCAAGGUCGUUGCCCCGCCCUCCUCCAGUGACAGCAGCAGCGACAGCUCCUCAGACAGUGACAGCUCCACUGACGACUCCGAGGAGGAGCGAGCCCAGCGGCUGGCCGAGCUCCAGGAGCAGCUCAAAGCCGUGCACGAGCAGCUUGCAGCGCUUUCACAGCCCCAGCAGAACAAACCAAAGAAAAAGGAGAAAGACAAAAAGGAAAAGAAAAAAGAAAAGCACAAAAAGAAAGAGGAAGUGGAGGAGAAUAAGAAAAGCAAAGCCAAGGAACUUCCUCCCAAAAAGACCAAGAAAAAUAAUAGCAGUAACAGCAGCACGAGCAAGAAGGAGCCAGCACCCUUAAAGAGCAAGCCCCCUCCUGCCUAUGAGUCGGAGGAAGAGGACAAGUGCAAGCCCAUGUCAUAUGAGGAAAAGCGGCAGCUGAGCCUGGAUAUCAACAAACUGCCUGGCGAGAAGCUGGGCCGCGUGGUGCACAUCAUUCAGUCGCGGGAGCCCUCCCUCAAGAACUCCAACCCUGACGAGAUCGAGAUCGACUUCGAGACCCUGAAGCCAUCCACCCUGCGUGAACUGGAGCGCUACGUCACCUCCUGUUUGCGGAAGAAGAGGAAACCUCAAGCUGAGAAAGUUGAUGUGAUCGCUGGCUCCUCCAAGAUGAAGGGUUUCUCGUCUUCAGAGUCGGAGAGCACCAGCGAGUCCAGCUCCUCCGACAGCGAAGACUCUGAAACAGAGAUGGCUCCGAAGUCAAAAAAGAAGGGGCACCCUGGGAGGGAGCAGAAGAAGCACCACCACCACCACCAUCAGCAGAUGCAGCAGGCCCCGGCCCCGGUCCCCCAGCCGCCGCCGCCGCCGCCGCCCCAGCAGCCCCCGCCGCCGCCGCCCCCCCAGCAGCAGCCUCCGCAGCAGCCCCCGCCCCCCCCGCCCCCCUCCAUGCCGCAGCAGGCGGCCCCCGCGAUGAAGUCCUCGCCUCCGCCCUUCAUCGCCGCCCAGGUGCCUGUGCUGGAGCCCCAGCUUCCAGGCAGCGUCUUCGAUCCCAUCGGCCACUUCACCCAGCCCAUCCUGCACCUGCCUCAGCCCGAGCUACCCCCUCACCUGCCCCAGCCUCCUGAGCACAGCACUCCGCCUCAUCUCAACCAGCACUCGGUGGUCUCUCCUCCAGCUUUGCACAACGCGCUGCCUCAGCAGCCAUCACGGCCCAGUAACCGAGCUGCUGCCCUGCCCCCCAAGGCUUCCCGUCCCCCCGCUGUGUCGCCCGCCCUGGCCCAGCCACCCCUCCUCCCGCAGCCCCCCAUGGCUCAGCCCCCCCAAGUGCUGCUGCAGGAGGAUGAAGAGCCACCUGCCCCACCCCUCACCUCCAUGCAGAUGCAGCUCUACCUGCAGCAGUUGCAGAAGGUGCAGCCCCCCACGCCACUACUCCCUUCCGUGAAGGUGCAGUCCCAGCCCCCGCCCCCCCUGCCGCCCCCUCCCCACCCCUCCGUGCAACAGCAGCUGCAGCAGCAGCAGCCGCCACCCCCACCCCCACCCCAGCCCCAGCCCCCACCCCAGCAGCAGCACCAGCCCCCCCCACGGCCUGUGCACAUGCAGCCCAUGCAGUUCCCCACCCACAUCCAGCAGCCCCCGCCACCCCCCGGCCAGCAGCCACCCCACCCACCCACAGGCCAGCAGCCACCCCCGCCGCAGCCCGCCAAGCCUCAACAAGUCAUCCAGCACCACCCUUCACCCCGGCACCACAAGUCAGACCCCUACUCCACUGGUCACCUCCGUGAAGCCCCCUCCCCGCUUAUGAUACAUUCCCCCCAGAUGCCACAGUUCCAGAGCCUGACCCACCAGUCGCCACCCCAGCAAAAUGUCCAGCCUAAGAAGCAGGUAAAGGGCAGGGCUGGGCAUCAGCCCCCAGGGGGGGGCGGGCGGGGCCAGAGGUGGCUGUCUGCCUCACCGGCUCCCAUGCCUGUGCUGUCCCAGGAGCUCCGAGCGGCCUCCGUGGUCCAGCCCCAGCCCCUGGUGGUGGUGAAGGAGGAGAAGAUCCACUCACCCAUCAUCCGCAGUGAGCCCUUCAGCCCCUCACUGCGGCCGGAGCCCCCCAAGCACCCGGAGAGCAUCAAGGCCCCUGUCCACUUGCCCCAGCGGCCUGAGAUGAAGCCUGUGGAUGUCGGGAGGCCUGUCAUUCGGCCCCCUGAGCAGAAUGCACCCCCACCAGGGGCCCCAGACAAGGACAAACAGAAACAGGAGCCGAAGACGCCAGUUGCACCCAAAAAGGACCUAAAAAUCAAGAACAUGGGCUCCUGGGCUAGCCUGGUGCAGAAGCAUCCCACCACCCCAUCCUCCACAGCAAAGUCCUCAAGCGACAGCUUCGAGCAGUUCCGCCGCGCAGCCCGGGAGAAGGAGGAGCGCGAGAAGGCCUUGAAGGCGCAGGCUGAGCACGCAGAGAAGGAGAAGGAGCGGCUGCGGCAGGAGCGCAUGAGGAGCCGGGAGGAUGAGGAUGCGCUGGAGCAGGCCCGGCGAGCCCAUGAGGAGGCACGGCGGCGCCAGGAGCAGCAGCAGCAGCAGCGCCAGGAACAGCAGCAGCAGCAGCAACAGGCAGCUGCCGUAGCUGCCGCCGCCGCCCCCCAGGCCCGGAGCUCCCAGCCCCAGUCCAUGCUGGACCAGCAGAGAGAGCUGGCCCGGAAGCAGGAGCAGGAGCGAAGGCGCCGGGAAGCGAUGGCAGCUACCAUUGACAUGAAUUUCCAGAGUGAUCUGUUGUCAAUAUUUGAAGAAAAUCUUUUCUGAGAGCACCUGGGUGACUUCUGACUUUGAUUUCCUGGCAAAACGUUGACUCUCCAUAGUGUUAGGGGCAGCAGUGGAGGCAGUGGCAGCGGCGAGGGGUUGUCUCCAGGCCUGGCUCUCCUGCAUGCUGUGCCUGGGGCAGGCCUGGCGGGCAGCUGAGGAUCGCAGAGCCUGUCUGCCUUACAGCCAGCCGGACGUCCUGCCACCCCCACAGGACGUCGGCACAGGGCACGCCUCGCCAGGAGCAAGUGCCGGCUAGACCCAAGCCCCGAGUCCCCGCGUGUGGGGCAGAGGCCCUUCUCUCUGCCAAAUGUCUACACAGUAUACACAGGACAUCGUUGCUGCCGCCACCGUGACUGGUUUACUGUCCCAAGAGCGUGACGUUCGUGACGCCCUGCCCGCCGGGAGUCCUUUCCCACACCCCAGCUGCCGCUGCCCGCACCCAGGAGACCAGGGCAGGCUUGCAAGAGCUGGAGGUGGCAAGGGCGCUGGCCCACCCCCUUGCUGGCACUGACUUUGCCUUGAACAGACCCCACCCCUCCCUUCCCCUCCCCCCACAAGCCUUUAAUUGAGAGCCGCUCUCUGUAAGUGUUCGCUUGUGCAAAAGGGAAUAGUGCCGUGGAGGUGUGUGUGUGUCCAUGGCAAUCUGGAGCGAGGUGACUGUCACACGCGUGUGUGUGGGCCGGCCUUGCCUGGCGAGUGAGGCCACCAACCAAAGUCAGUUCCUUCCCACCUGUGUUUCUGGUUUUGUUUUGUUUUGUUUUUUUCUAUAUAUAUAUUUUUUGUUGGAUUCUAUUUUAUUUUUAAUUCUUUCUUCUCCUCCAGACACAAUGGCACUGCUUAUCUCUGAAAUGGUGUGAUCGUCUCCUCAUUGAGCGGCGGCUGCCACCGCGCUGUGGGUAGUGUGUGACCGUGGCUGUACUGUGUAGUGAAACAUAGUUGGCAUAUCUUUGUUUGAAGUUUGUUGGUGACUCCACCAAACUGGUGUAAAAAAAACUCAAAAAAAAAAAAAAAAACCCACACACACAAAAAAUACAAAACAUACAAAACACACAAAAAAACCUGCCUAUAUUUUACUCAGUUUCAAACUUUUACUAGUCUAUUUUUAAUUAUAAAACCAGAAAACUGCGUUUUCUUAUCCUUUUUUCCUCCCCCCAUUUGUUGGCUUCUUUUUAUUUUUAACGUAAAAUCUGUUGGGGUUUUUGGGGUUUUUUUUUUUUUUUUUUUUUUUUUUUUUUGAGUUUUUUUUUUUUUUUUUUUUAAACCAGGAGAGGAAGGGCCAGGGGGUGAGGCGGGUGCAAGGGCCCAUAGGCCACAGACUGAGGCAGAGACUCCCUGCCUGGCGCUUGGCCCUACCAACUGGCUGCCCCUUCCCGACUUUUUUUUUUAAUUUUAUAAUUGGAGCCCUUGGUGAGGUUAUGCGUGCCAUGAGAACCCACUCUACACCAUGACGCUGGCGCCUCAGUGUUGGCCAAACUCUGGAGUCAUUGACUGGUUUGACUUUCAUACGGUGAAUAUGCAUUUGGUCUGUACUGAUCAUGGAAUAAACACAUCUCUCUUUUUUAA